UCAGUCGUCCGCCUAGUUGCUUAGCUGCAAAGCAAGUGUUCACUUUGAUUCCAUCUCCCCAUCCAACCCAAGCAUAUCUAGGAAGUGCCAUCCACCCGCGUGCACCGCCAAAUUAACUCCCUCCUCUCCACCUUAAUUUCCUCUCUCUUUCUGUUAAUUGAGUAAAUUGGUGUUGCUGCUUCUUCCUCCUCCGAUCAAUCGAUCAUCUCCCAUCGGCGGUGGCAGCAGACCCGAUCUUUCUGUUAAUUCAGAAGAUGGAGGGGUACGACGAGCGUGAGUUCUGGCAGUUCAGCGACCAGCUCCGCCUCCACAACUUCUCCAGCCUCUCCAUCGCCGACUCCAUCUGGUCCUCCCCCUCGCCUGCCGCCGUCGAUCAUAGCAGCAACAAGCUCGCCCUCGCCAACAACAGCAACAACAACGCCACCGCCAAGACCUACUUCAACAAGUCCGUCGGCAGGCCGGCCAACAACAACUUCAACUUCAACUACAACAGCAACAGCGUCGUCGUAGAUGCGUUCAACGGGAAGAAGAAGGCCGCUGUCGACGCUCCUGCUGGAGGAGGAGGAGGAGGCAGGAACAACAACAAGAAGAACAGCAGCAGCAACGACAACAAGAUGAGCAGCAGGUUGAAGAAGAGCCAGCUGCCGGCGUCGGAGUCGGUGCCAAAGGAGGAGGCGAUCGGGGGAUACAUAUUCGUGUGCAACAACGAGACGAUGGAGGAGAAUCUCAAGAGGCAGCUGUUCGGCCUGCCAUCCAGGUACAGGGACUCGGUGAGGGCCAUCAGGCCCGGCCUCCCGCUCUUCCUCUACAACUACUCCACCCACCAGCUUCACGGCAUCUUCGAGGCCACCAGCUUCGGCGGAUCCAACAUCGAUCCCGGCGCUUGGGAGGACAGCAAGUGCCCCGGCGGCGAGUCCAGGUUCCCAGCGCAGGUUCGGGUGGCCACGCGCAAGAUCUGUGAGCCGCUGGAGGAGGACGCCUUCAGGCCCGUGCUGCACCACUACGACGGCCCCAAGUUCCGCCUCGAGCUCACCGUCGCCGAGGCCCUAUCCCUUCUUGACAUCUUCGCCGAGAAGCUCUUCGCCUGACCAUCCAUCCUACCUCUUCCAUCUCAAUUAUACUACUGUAACACACCAUCCAUCCAUCGCCCUUGUUAAAUUUAUAGUACUAGUAACUGGAGUACUACUUACAACUUACUUACUGCUAUAUGGAGUAGCUAAUAGAGGACGGAACAGAAGCUUAUUGCUGUUUCUUACGCAUAGUACGCUCCUAUGGCUGUAAGAACAAGUUACAUAAUAUAGGCGAGGAAAAAUAAUAUGGCUUUUGUUCAAAUGAUUCAUCAA